CGCAGACGGAUUAAUCCAGUUUCAGCGGACGGUCGUGCGUGUGUGGUGCGUACGUGCGAGUCCCUUCGUCAGCUGCGCCGGGUGUGCACUUUCAGUCAUCGGAGAACUUCACGUGAACACGUCGUGCAGACCGUCGACGCUGUCUCUCGUUCGCACGCAGCCAUCGUGGUGUUGUCGGCUGGGACGCAUGCGUUCCUGGGCGUUCCAGCGCCGCCUGCAGUCGUCGCCCAAGCGUACCGAAGGAGCCUCCCGCCGCAGCCGAGGUGAUGGCCCAACAACCCCGAGAGAAACGCCGCUCGCUGCUCCGCUGGCUGGUGUCUCGAUCGCGGGACCGUAAAACACCGGCGGCCACUGCCAACAACGGCUCGGUGCCCCUGGCCUCGCUGCCCAAGUCACACACCUACUCGGGCGCCUGCUGCAAGGCGCCCCGGGCCCAGCGAUCACUGAGCGUCUACGAUGUCGAGCAGGUCUCGUCCCAGAGGCCCCUGCUGGCACUGUGCAGACUUUGCUUGACCGUGGUGCCCUCGUCGGCGCUGUACCGAGUGACGCACUGUGGAUGCUAUUUCUGCCUCCAGUGCACACGUCAGUACCUGACCGUCAGCAUCCGUGAUGGCAAUGCCUACAUACCGUGUCCUGAUGACAAGUGUCCGAGCGGAGGCAUCUUUGAGUCUUCAGAGAUUGAACAGCUUGUCGAGAGGGAUGUCUGGGAGCUUUACCUUCGAUGCAAGCUUAACCGAGAUGUGGAGAUGGACCCCAACCAAACUUGGUGCCCUGGCCCAGGAUGUGAAAGCAUCUGCCGUGUUUUCCCACCACUGCGUGACUGUGAGGCAUCGCCCGUCCACUGCUCCAAGUGCAAGCUCACCUUCUGCUCCUCGUGCAAGGAACGCUGGCACGCAUACCAGUCAUGCGAUGAGUUCCGGAGACAGUUUUCUGAAGAUGAAUUGGCCAACCUGCCAGGCGAGGAAUGUGGCCUGAUCAAGCGUUGUCCACGCUGUCACAUUCCCAUUGAGCGAGACGAAGGCUGCGCCCAAAUGAUGUGCAAGCGCUGUCGGCACGUGUUCUGCUGGUACUGCCUGGCCUCCCUUGACGAUGAUUUCCUGUUGCGGCAUUACGACAAAGGGCCUUGCAAGAACAAGUUGGGCCACUCACGGGCAUCUGUCGUGUGGCACAGGACUCAGGUUGUGGGCAUCUUUGCCGGAUUCGGGUUUCUUCUACUGCUAGCGUCACCCCUUCUCUUGCUGGCAGCGCCCUGCCUGCUUUGCUGCCGAUGCAGCGGCUGCCAUCGCUGCCUUGACCCCGAGCCAGCAACCCUCUGAAGGAGCAGACUGAAAUGCCAGGCACUCAGCAGAGAUCUACGCCUGGCAUUUUCACCAAAUAUGUGAUGGAGCGCUGCUGUCUCUAGCGAGACAGCUCCAAGUCAACCUGUGACUGUUGUGAAAGGUGCAGUACUGUGCUAAUAGUAACAGCGUUGAUGUGCUGUGCACCGGGACCUUUCUUCUCUGAAACUGUUUUGUGUCAAGAGCACUGUGGCAUGGGUGCACCAAGAGCAGCGCAGUGGCGGUUCCCUCUCGUGGCAAGUGCUUUUUUGCCAACAGUGAGGAAUCCUGUGGUGAGGCGAGAGGAAUUGUUGCACUCUAUCUGUGUUAGCACGUGGGCGUUGCUGCAUUUUGCAGUUCUUGAAGCGUACCUGCCACUGCAAGAAUAAUGAAAUAUUGGAUUUAGGAUGUGUAAUGCUGACUGUAUAGGCUGCAGAUUCGAGUGCUGUGAGCAGUACGGAAAAACAUGUCACUUUGCAUGGGGGGCACCUUUCAGCGGUGACAUGGUUAUGAAAAAUGCUACCCAAAAUGUCGAUGUGGCUUUGCUCUUGCGAGCAGCCCAUUCCAAGUUUGCGGAACAAAUGUUGGCUUUUUUCACUUGCAAUGCAAGAUCUGAGUGCUACGUAACAGCUUGCAUACACAACUGUGUUUGGCCAGCCCAAACAUGCCCCAGAAGUUGUAAUAAUACGCUGUCAUAAUGAAUUAUAACCGUAGCAUUUACACAAGGCCACGACUAAAGCUGAAUUCCUUGCACAGUUUUCACCGGUACAUUUCAGCAGCGAAAUGCAAAAACAUCAAUGUAGUGACACAGUUAGUUUGCUUGUGCAACUCAGCCCAAUCUGCCCCACACACUGUUUUGGGAUGUGAGGCACAGUGUUUAAAAAGGUCCUGUUGUGGUAGACAUUUCAGCGCCUUAGCACCAGUCUCGACUUAUGUGGCAGUCGAGAGCCACACCUACUCACUCACCGGUUCAGAACAAAUGCAGCAGCAGAAUGGUCAUCCUAUGUUCUUAGUUUGUGAGCAAGGGUUCCACCUGCAAUUACAACUCGAUCUAACGAAACCCGGCUUUACCAAGUUCCUGAUCUAACGAAGAAAUUUAGAUUCCCAGACAGAUACCUGUAAGGUUCAGUAUUGUCAUCAACCCAAAUUAACGAACAAAUGUGUCCACCAAACCAGAUUUAACGAAGUUUUUCCAGAAAUGCCCGAAUCAAAAAAGGCGAUUUCCUUCCAAUUUUGCAGAGAUCUUUUUUUUUUUUUUAUCGUGCGCUCUAAUGCUAUCAUUGAAAAGUCUAGGUUCACGGUCCUAGCUUUUGUUUGACGAGGCUCUACGCCACGCCCAUGCAUGGAGCAGUGAACUUGGUAACGCUCUUACGUACCGGAUGGUAUUACGGGCGGCGGUGGUUGGUUUCGUGGCACUAAUCGCCUCCUUGCAACUUUCUGGCUCGGCCUGCUCGCGCAAUCACUUCAUUCGUUAUCUGCGUAUCAUUUGUCCAUCAUUGCUUCAUGUGACCGUCUUUCUGGCCUGCAUCACCCUGGCACGGUGCCCCCUAUGUCCGGGCGGCAUGGGAGGCUCCAUGUCAGGGCCACCCUCGCGGACUUUUCACAGGCGUAGAUUGGUGGCAGGAACAAUGGCCUGGUAGCUUCUGGUUGCUGCAACGUUACUAUUUUUGAUUUCAAAGAGCCGAAAAAUCUCUCUAUUGAUUUUACGAACUUCCCAAUGUAACGAAAUAAUUCUAGCAUCCCAAUCACUCCGUUAGAUCGAGUUUCCACUGUAUUUCUUUUCUCGACGCCGUCCGUGUUCCGCUCCCGUUCCAUUAUGCCCGCCAGCUGUUGUAGUCGGUAGCUUGGCUCCUUAGGCCCUUAUGGAAAGUUAGCAAACUUGGCUUUAGCAUUGUGCUUCGAGUGAAGUGCAGAGUAUAACAUGCUUCACAGCUCAACGUUCAUGAGUAUGUAUAGCUAGUGUCCCUGUGAGAAAGCCAAAGGCUCUUUAUUUAUGGUGCUAUGCACUGUCAUUCUGCAGUGAAGUCAUGGAACCACAAGGGAACAAUGUACAUAGUGUUGUGUGUUAUGCUGUUGGAGCAACUUGAAGAGUUCUUCAGAAGUGGAAAUUUGAUUUUAUUCACUGGUCCACAUUGAAGGAAAUUGUUCGUUUUAACAUGUGGUGAAUCUAGUUGACAAUGUCUAUACUAUAUGUUCUUUUUUUCAUUUGCUCACAAGGCUAGCUCUGCACAUAUGUGGAUUCACUUGGUUUCUGUAUAUAGGAAUGCGCAGAUAUUCUUGCAGUGCUUGCAGAGGACUGGUCACCAUUUGCAAGCACUAAUUAUUUAGACAUGCAUGCAUACUACACACCAAUUAUCUUCUGUGAUAGCUUUCAGAGCCAAUUAGGUUUAGCAGUGAGCAAGGCAGUCCGUUGUGCUGCAAGUUCUCUGAUGCCUAUGCAAUGCGAAACGUGUUGGCUGUAAAUAUCGUUUGUUUGAAGCAAAUCAAAGUAUACUAAAGUCAUAUCAAGAUAUUGCAAUCACCAGUACUUAAUGCUUCAAGAUUUAUGUAUGCACAAGACUGCUUUAUGGUCGCCAAAAGUGGCUUUUGUUAAGUGGGCUUGCCAUUAAUGUGACAAAGAUUAUAAAAUGGUUGCUGUAUGUAUAAUUGAUUAUUAUUGUGCACAGAUGUUUUGCAAAAUAUCUUCAAUUUUCAGUUGCAGUGGCCCAGUACUUUAGGCACUAAUAUGAUUACACUGUUUGUCAGAAAGCUGCAGUGCAACUUUUUACUGGAAGACGCAGUUAACACACUCAACAGCACAAGAUGCAUGGAGUGGUGUAAUAUGUUCUUGCCACUGCAACUGAAAUUCUGAACUUUGGAAGUAUUGCACCUUGGAGUUAGUGCCUUCAGAGUUCUGGGCCAUGUUACCAGCAAAGCACAGCUGAUGUAAUGCCCAUGUAUAAUGGGCAAGUGACUGUGCCCACCUGGAAAAAGAUCUUGGAGGGUUUUUAAAGCACUGUUAUUGGUCAAGUGGCCACGAGCGAGUUUGUUGCUGUCUCUACUUGCUUGUUGGAUGCUGGAGCUAAGAGGAAUAACCUAGUCACAAGCUAGUCCUGACUGAUGUGAAAGAGGUUGCAUCUUCACUCUGUGCAAGUUAGAAUAAAAAGACCUCAUGACA